AUUUCCUCCAUCAGGCUCCGCCUUCUCUUCGACAGUCGCGUCGUUUCGUGCAGUCUUUGUUGCCGGAAGUGAAGAUGGUGGUCCUCGCGGCUGAGUCGGACCUGGUCACAGGCUGGUGCCUCUUCGGCGUCGCUUUGCUGGUUAUUCUCGCUUUCUGCUGGGUUUAUGUUCGCAAAUACCAGAGUAGACGGGAAAGUGAAGUAAUUUCUACCAUAACCUCUAUUUUUGCCUUGGCAAUUGCACUGAUUACAUCAGCACUCUUACCAGUGGACAUUUUUCUAGUUUCUUAUGUGAAAAAUCAAAAUGGGACGUUUAAGGACUGGGCCGAUGCAAAUGUAACAAGACAAAUUGAAGAUACGGUAUUAUAUGCAUAUUACACACUCUACUCCAUUAUAUUAUUCUGUGUGUUCUUGUGGAUUCCCUUUGUCUAUUUCUACUAUGAGGAGAAAGAUGAAGAUGAUGGUGACACAUGCUCGCAGGUUAAAACGGCGUUCAAGUAUACGCUAGGAUUUCUUCUGGUUUGUACCAUCCUUCUAGUAAUUGGGGCCUUUGUUCCACUGGAUAUUCCUCAUAAGAAAAAUUCAACAGAAUGGGAGAAAGUGAAAUUCUUGUUUGAAGAACUUGGAAGCAACCAUGGUUUGGCUGCCCUCUCCUUCUCCAUAAGCUCUCUGACCCUUAUAGGAAUGGUGGCAUCUGUGACCUAUACAGCUUAUGGGAUGUCUGCUUUACCUCUAAACUUGAUAAAGGGAACAAGAAAUGCUACUUAUGAACUUCUAGAAAACACUGAAGAUAUCGAGGAAGUUGAGCAAAACAUACAAAGGAUUAAAUCAAAGUGUAAAGAUGGUCGACCUUUACCAACUCGGGACAGACGGACACUGCAGCAACUUGAGGAAAGACUAAGAAGCCUCCGAAGAAGAGGGAGACAUCUGGAAUAUGUUGAGAAAAGCUGCUGGACAAGGUUCUGUGGAGCCAUGAGGCCGCUAAAAGUCAUCUGGGGAGUGUUUUUCAUCCUUGUGGCCCUGCUGUUCACAAUCUCUCUCUUCUUGUCAAACUUGGAUAAAGCAUUGCAUUCAGCUGGCAUAGAUUCAGGAUUUCUAAUUUUGGGAACAAAUUUGACCAAUCCACUGAAUAUGCUUUUGCCUGUUCUACAAACUGUCUUCCCUCUUGAUUACAUCCUCAUUUCUACUAUUAUCAUGUACUUUAUCUUCACUUCAAUGGCAGGGAUUCGAAACAUGGGCAUAUGGUUCUUCUGGAUAAGGCUGUAUAAGAUCAGACGGGGUAGGACACGGCCUCAAGCUCUUCUCUUUCUUUGCAUGAUAUUAUUAUUGAUUGUUCUUCACACCAGCUAUAUGAUCUACAGCCUUGCUCCACAGUACGUUAUGUAUGGAAGCCAAAAGUACCUGAUUCCGAAUAAUAUGACCAUUGAUGGACAGUCUGCAAAUGUGACAACGUCUGUGCCUAAAGUUUGUGAUGCAGAUGCUCCUGAAGGCCAGUGUAUUAUUACUCGGACUUAUCUUUUCCUUCACAAAUUUUGGUUCUUCAGUGCUGCAUAUUACUUUGGCAAUUGGGCUUUUAUUGCAGUCUUCUUAAUUGGAUUAAUUGUGUCAUGCUGCAAAGGAAAAAAAUCUGUCAUUGAAGGUGAUGUGGAUGAAGAUGAUUCAGAUAUAAGUGAUGAUGAACCCUCUCUCUAUUAUGGUUGACAGUCCUGAGUCCUGAAGAGUAACACAUGCCAUUUAAAACUGUGAAAAUGCCAUUUUCAUUUGGACCUUUGAUCUUCCCUUGAAAAAAGAUCAUGUUUGCCAAUGUUAAAAGGGGGACAAUUGAUGUAAAACGGGAUUGGAAGUUGGGAUCUCUGAGAUCAUUAUUGUAUUAUAGUUAAACUAAUGUGUACAUAAAUAAUCCCAAGAGCAGAUUUUAUAAAGGAAUGAUUAAAACUACUAUUUUUGAGUAUAUGCUCUAAUAUUGUGAUUUGUCAUUUAAUUUAGUUGUCUUUCUGUUGCAAGCUUCAGUUUUUUGGUUGAUAAUGUUGAAAUGAUGCAGUGAAUCUUAAAUUUAUUAAAAUGCCAUUGCCUGUUGAUAUAAGAGUUAACGUCUGCAACAUACAUUAUCGUAACUUUAAUAAAGUUUAGUUGUCCAGAA